UUGACCGCAACCCACUGACGUAGCAUUACAUUAUUCAGCUGAUUCAGCUCUGUCCAAAGUCCAACGGACCGAACGGACCUGCUCUAAUUUCCCUGCGCUUUUUUCUGGGCAGCAGUACUACCCUUUCUAAUGUGCGCUGAUAUGUGCGCAGUGUGACCUGAUUUGGCGCCAAUUUUCGUGUUGUUCGCGUUCGCGGAAUAUUUACAUUGAGCUUAUCGUUAGAUUUUUUGAGUUCUACGAGAACGUUGAGAACCAGCGAAACAAACAUGUGGAACGACACAAAUCAGUUUGUUGGUGGAUAUCAGUCAAUGGAUAGCUUUAAUAGUGGUGGUGGUUUUGGAGGUGGAGGCUACAUGCAAGAUGCAGGGGGAUUUGGUUCCCCAAUGACAGAUUCUCAGGAGAAAAAACGCUCUCCAAUGAGAGCCCAGUCCAUCCUUCCCUGCUCUAUCAAGCAGCUCCACAGUGCGACUUAUAACCAAACAGAAGACACUUUCAAAAUAGGGAAUACUGAGUUGAACCAGGUUUCAGUUGUUGGUGUCAUUCGGGAUGCACAAGAGUCAGCAACAAAUAUUAUGUAUACAAUUAAUGAUAUGACUGGAGAGGAUAUCAUUGUGAGAAGAUGGCUGGAAAACGAGGAAAGUGAUGCAGAGAAAGACAAACGAUCAUCCUGCAGGGAAAACACUUAUGUUAGAGUAAUUGGUCACCUCAAGUCAUUCAGGGAGAACAGUCGCAGUUUAAUAGCCUACAGCCUAAAUCCUGUCACAGACUUUAAUGAAAUUACUUAUCAUAUGAUUGAGGUUAUUCAUUCUCACUUGGCAUUAAGCAAGCAAUCUGAAAUGACUAGCAUGACAACUCCUAUGAAACACUCAACUCCUGGGCGAGGCUUUCAAGGUCAGAUGACAACACCAGGCAAGAUGAACCAAGGAUUUGGAGGAAACGUGGGAGGAACAAUUGCUGGGCUCAGUGGUAUUCAAAACGAGAUUCACAGUAUGAUUACAUCGUGCCAACAUGAGGAAGGCAUGUCCUUAACUGAAAUUAAACAAAAAGUGAGACUAUCAGAACAACAAAUCAGGACCACUUUAGAGUGGCUCAGCAAUGAAGGUCACAUCUAUUCCACCAUUGAUGAUGAUCAUUUCAAAUCUACAGACAGCUAUUGACAAGAUUUAGUGUACAGUUUCUCAUCCUUAAGGUCACACUUUUCCCUCUCUGCUCCAAAACAUGCAGAUCUUAAUAUCAUGACAGACCACAGUCAGAUGCAAAAUUCCAAGCAUUUACCUCAUAGCUCAAACAGCUGAGGUGCAUAAAUGUUAUGCUGUCAUACUGUGGUGAAAAGAAAUAUGUGCUGAGCACGUGUGAUGCAAAUCCAUACUUGACUUCUUGAAAAGAAAACAUGAUGCCUGGUAGACACGUUAGUUAGUUGUGUUUUUGUUAUCCAUGUUGUGGGGCUUUAGUUGUUGUGUUUGUUUGUGCAUUGUCUGCAUUCUUUUGUUUUUUCGUUCGGCUAUACUUAAUUCACUAAAGUAUUAGUGCAUUAAUUGGGUUGUCCUCAGUAGCUACAUGUAAAUGAAUUUAAUCACUAGCUGUCAAUUUUAACAGUUUUAUCCCAGAGAUAAUAAAUUAUGUUUUGUUGGUACCCUUUGAUAGUGCCAGUGCAAACUUAACCUUUUUCAACAGGUUGUUAGCAGUCUCGUGAUUAUGGUUUUUUUUGUCCUUGUAACCACAGUCUCGAUUGGGUCACUUAGGUGCACAUUCAAUGGAUUUUUUUCAACUUAUUUGGGGUAAAGAUGCCCUUAAAGAUAGGUUGAGCUAAAUAAGUACUGAAAAUCUAAAUAAAUUUUUCUACCGUCA